GAUUGAAAUCCAACAUGGCGACCAAACGACCUCUGGACAGCGAUGAAUCGGCAAAAGUUGGAGCAAAGAAACCUCGCUUGGAGGGGGACGGAGAUGGCGACGUAGAGAUGUCUGAUGGGCUAUCUGCCUUUGCCAACCUGUAUGAGAUUGACGAUGAGCCUUUCCUCGAUGGUGCCAAAGGAAAAGUGGUUGUUGAAACCAUGAUCCCUCAAAUCAGACUUGAUGACCUCGACUACGACAAUGGCAGCUUCCCCGACGAUAUUGUCUACGGUGACAACGGAACUGUUCAUUCUGGAUAUUACAACCCGAUCGCUUCAAGCUAUACAAUGCCCAAGUCAUCUGAAACCACAUCUAGAGCCUCAGCCUCAGAUAUGUCGUUUCUUGCCAGUAUGAUUUCGAGGGUCAAGGAAGCAGUGUUGAAGUUCCCCAAGGUCCUAAUACCUCAAAUCAUGAAGUCGACCCCAGAGAAACACGAGAUUGUUGAAUUGUUCGAGAACGUCAAACGGCUAGAUGGAGGCUGGAUUGGUGUCGAGGGAAAGCUGGGCAAAGGUGGUCAGGGUUGUGCUCGACUGUUUGUCAAAGUCGACAACCANAAGAGAAUCACCGAACGAGUUGUGAUCAAAGAUUCGUGGCAGCCGAUAGAGAUGUGGGCUCAGGAAGACUGGUGGGAAAAAGGCAGGCUUGGAUACGAUCCUCGAGAAUCAAUAGUGAACAGACUGUUGAGCUUGCCAACACCCGAGAGAUGGGAGCGAUAUAUCGUCGAGUAUCUGGGCCAUUCUAUCAGCCAUACAUGGAAGGUUAACAGGACUUAUAUGGAGUAUUGCGACGGAGGUGACCUGCACAACCUGAUGAACGCACAAAUCAAAGCCUACCGGCAUCUCAACCCAAACUAUGGAUCUGACGCUGAAAGUGGACACGAACCCCCAGAUGGAUUGACUCUNGCAGCUGGGACAAGAGUUCCUGAGCCAUUUGUCUGGUACUAUCUGAAGCAGAUGGCUGUCGCAUCGCAUCGCAUGAACAGCAUACCCUUACGGAGAUAUAAAGACAACUACCAAGUGGUCCAUCAGUCGAACCUACUGACUCGACUUUANGUUUUUCUGGCAAAUCCAGACCCUGAAGAUUUUCCAAAGUAUCCAAUUUGCAAGGUCAGUACUCUUAUCAUCCACACGAUUCCGCAACAGAUUUCUCACCAUGCUGCAAAGAUUGGCGACUUUGGUUCCUCACAUGUCACCUUUCCACUCGAUCCUGACAACCCAGGGGAAUUCUUCGAUGCAGUGACACCUGGUUAUAUUGCCCCAGAAAUGAAUGAAGACGUGUAUAACGAAGAGGCAUGGGAGCUCAGCUCUGCCACAAAUAUCUGGCAAGUUGCGAUGUCAGCGGUAACCCUGAUGAGGCUGGAGAAUCCAGAUGCGAUAGAUUACGAGGAAAAAGGUUGGGAUGAACCAUUCACGCAUGAUCUUGCCGAUCUAGCCUUCGACUACAGUAUCGAACUCAGGGAUCUGCUAGAGGCAAUGUUGAGCAAUAAACCUGAAUCACGACCCACACCGCAACAGAUCAUCGAGUGGUUAUACAGUAGCGAUGUUCAAUCUCACUGGAGACAGAUGGCCACAGCACCAGACUGCAACGAUUCUGACUUGUGUUCGUCAUGGUUGCACUGGUCGCCGAGUGAAAAGAACCAAAUCAAUGACGUUCUCGCUGACAUUCCAUCUUUGCCCAAGCAGAAGAAGACAAAGAUUGGAGGAUUGCCGGUGCUAGGUUCAUCUUCAGAUGACCACGACGAAGAAGAGGACAACGACGAUGGAACUGUCAAGGCGAAGGCGAAGAAUCUUCUAGAUGUUCUAAGCUCAACAGUGAGGGCAGGCACGGAUGACGAUGACGAGGAUCAUAUUGGAGGUGAAGAAGAAGACGAUGAAGAAGAAGAAGAAGAAGAAGAAGAAGAAGAAGAAGAAGAAGAAGAAGAAGAAGAAGAAGAAGAAGAAGAAGAAGAAGAAGAAGAAGAAGAAGAAGAAGAAGAAGAAGAAGAAGAAGAAGAAGAUAGUACCGAAGACCUUGACCCAGAUUUCAAUGAUCCCAUGGCAGGUUCGAGUGGUCCAUCUCUCUCCAGCGGAAGCCCAUACAAACCACCCCGUAGGAGA